AUGUCCUCAAUCUCAAUCGUACCGACAGACCCACAAAGAUGGCCUCUCCACGUCAAUGCGGGUGUUCAUCACUGGCAAUAUCUUGACCUCGCUGCAUCCACAAAACAGCCACAAUCUGUAGCUGAGAAGUAUUUUCUUGGCCUCCUUACUGAACUACCGAAUCUUCCGGUCGCAUCCAAUUUCCAGGACGCUUCUCGCAAUGGAUUUCGAUUCUACCAAAAGCUGCAAUUGAAUGAUGGUCAUUGGGGCUGUGCAUAUGGUGGUCCUAGCUUCCUACUUGCUGGGUCUGUCAUCGCAAUGUACAUAUCAGAGACCGAGAUUCCCGCAGAGUGGAAGAUUGAGAUCAUACAGUACCUGUCAAACACCGUGAAUAAAGAUGGUGGCUGGGGCUUGCAUUUCGCCGGUGACACUACAGUCUUUGCCACAGCUCUCUACUAUAUUGCAUUACGGAUUCUAGGUCUUGAACCGACAGAGCCACUGGUAUCCAAGGCUCGUGCACGUCUCCUUGAACUAGGUGGCGCGACCGCUGUACCGCAAUGGGGAAAGGUUUGGCUUGCAUUGUUGAACCUGUAUAGCUGGAGCGCAGUCAACCCAAUCCCUCCUGAGUUUUGGCUACUUCCAGACUGGGUGCCAUUCCAUCCAUGGCGCUGGUGGGUACAAUGUCGCGUUGUCUAUCUCCCGGUGUCAUAUCUAUACGCCAACAAAGUGACCAAACCUCUCAAUCCGCUCCUUCAAAGUCUUCGUCAAGAAAUCUUCACGCGCCCAUUUGAGGAGAUUGACUUCAAUCGCUUUCGAAACACAACAGCUCCUACUGACCUCAAGAAACCACUUUCGCCGUUGCUUCGCGCAGCAAAUGUACUACUUCGUUUCUGGGAGAACUAUAUUCGACCAGAUUGGCUUGCUUAG